UGUGCUGUCGCAAUCCUUGCAAGUGAGUACAUAUUCUACUAUCAUUCGGGUUUCUGUGUCUGGCCAGACUCUUUCACCAAUUCUGCGAGAUCUGGCGACUGGGUCGCUUGGUGACUAGAGAAAGGCUGGAAAUACUGGAGGCCACAGCAAGUGGAGCCUUAUGAACGCGCUGUCGCCGCUCCUUGCAGUCAACAAUUCCAAAGAGUCCAAAAGAAAAGCCGGAGCAAGGCUACAAUGCUCGCAUGGCUCUAUGGCUCUCCUACCAGGCCGCCCAUUUUCCUACGACUCCGCAGCUCCAAGACCUUCAUCAUCGUCGUUGUAGCCUCGGCCGUCUUCACUGACGUCUUUGCCUAUGGAAUCGUCGUUCCCGUGUUCCCUUUCGCUCUCACCGAACGAGCAGACAUACCAGAAGAUCAAGUUCAACCAUGGAUCUCGAUAUUUCUCGCUGUCUAUGGCGCCGCGCUGCUGGUCGCCUCUCCACUAUGUGGCUGGAUGGCUGAUCGCAUGAAGUCGAGACAAAUGUCAUUCUUGCUCGGUCUCUUGGCGCUCGGAGGAUCGACGGCGCUAUUGUGUGCGGGUCGAAGCAUUGGAGAAUUUGCGGCGGGAAGAGUAUUGCAGGGCGUCAGUGCCGCAGUCGUCUGGGUCACGGGAUUAGCAUUACUCGUAGAUGCGGUUGGCCCAGAGGAGAUUGGCGCUGCGAUGGGGUAUGUUGGCCUGGCUAUGAGUUUGGCUGUGUUGUUGGCGCCUCUGCUUGGCGGCGUUGUGUUUGCCGAGGCCGGAUACUACGCCGUCUAUGCCAUGGCAUUUGGCCUGAUUGUAAUGGACCUAGUGCUUAGGUUGGCCAUGAUUGAACGCAAAGUAGCGAAGCAAUGGUUGCCAGAUCUUGAUGUGCCGGAAAGUCUGGAGAAAACCGAGUCGAAUCAAGUAAACGGGGCCCAGGAAGGACAAAGCUGCGCAAAAGCUGUUGAUGGGCUGGAGGCGCAGUGCGUUGCGAGAGCCGACUCUGGGCCGCCGUCCCUCAUGGAACGGCAACCAAGCAAUGCGGCAGAAGCAGCAGUUCCCCUCAAUGCGCCGACCGCAAUUCAAAGCAUUGUCGCCAAGCUGCCUCCAAUGGUUUUCCUCUUCGGAUCUCGACGAAUUCUUGCUGCGCUCUUCGCCACAACAAUGCAGUCAUCGCUGCUCACUUCCUUCGACGCUAUCUUGCCGCUGUUCGUAAAGAACACAUUCCAGUGGGACUCGAUCGGAGCCGGUCUCGUUUUCUUGCCCGUCGUCUUGGCGUCCUUCCUUGGUCCUGUAGUCGGAACACUGGCAGACAAGUAUGGUCCGCGAUGGUUGGCAACAGCUGGAUUUAUCCUCUCGUGCCCUUUCUUGAUUUUGCUGAGAUUGGUGGAAGAGAGCUCCAUCAACCACAAGGUGAUGCUAUGUGCCUUUCUUGCAUUCAUCGGUAUAGGACUGACGCUAGCAUUGGUGCCUCUCAUGGCAGAAAUGUCGUAUGCUGUCGAUGCCAAAGCGAAAAGGCGGCCGCCCGGGUUCUUCGGCAAGAAUGGUGCUUACGCUCAAGCUUACGGUCUGUUCAACAUGGUAAGACAACUACUUGGCGUGUUUUGGUGUCGCUGUACUGACUUCAAUGUACAGGCCUGGGCUGCUGGCUCAAUGAUAGGACCUCUGUUGGCAGGACUGGUGGUCGAGGCUCGAGGCUGGGGUACUGCGGUAUUGAUCCUCGGGUGUGUGAGCAUCGUCACCGCACUGCCAACGGCUAUCUGGACCGGUGGCAGCAUCCUCAAGUCGAAGAGGUCGCACAAAGCUGACGUAGUGGACAGUGCCGAGGGCAAUGGUGCUCUGUCUCCAGCAUAAUUGCCACUAAAUACGUCUAACGGCGAA